CUUGUGACGGUUCUACAAUCGCAGUACCCUGGACCUCUCUCGACAUAUACCUCUCUCGCCCCUGCUGCGGUGUGAGGUGUCGCUACUGAACCGAAGCCUCGAGAAGCAAAGGAGAAGGCGAGCGCGUUAGGGUCCAGAUCGCAGGAGAGCAACAAUGGCGACCGUGAUGCAAAAGAUUAAAGACAUUGAAGACGAGAUGGCGAGGACACAAAAAAAUAAAGCUACAGCCCACCAUCUUGGUCUGCUUAAGGCUAAACUUGCAAAGUUACGUCGGGAACUAUUGGCACCUCCAUCUAAAGGUGGUGCUGGUGGUGGUGAAGGCUUUGAUGUCACUAAGAGUGGAGAUUCCCGUGUUGGUUUAGUUGGGUUUCCCUCUGUUGGAAAAUCAACACUGCUUAACAAGUUAACUGGCACUUUUUCAGAGGUUGCUUCUUAUGAAUUUACAACCUUGACUUGUAUUCCAGGUGUGAUCAUGUAUAAAGGUGCUAAGAUUCAGUUGUUGGAUCUUCCAGGGAUUAUUGAGGGUGCAAAGGAUGGAAAGGGUAGAGGAAGGCAGGUGAUUAGCACUGCUAGGACAUGCAAUUGUAUUUUGAUUGUUCUUGAUGCGAUAAAACCGAUAACUCACAAGAGGCUUAUUGAGAAAGAGCUUGAGGGAUUUGGCAUAAGGUUAAAUAAGGAACCCCCUAACUUGACCUUCAGAAGAAAAGACAAGGGGGGCAUCAACUUCACAUCAACUGUUGCAAAUACACACUUGGACCUUGAAACAGUGAAGGCAAUUUGUAGCGAAUAUAGGAUGCAUAAUGCUGAUAUUUCUCUUCGAUAUGAUGCCACUGCUGAUGAUCUCAUAGAUGUUAUUGAGGGAAGCAGAGUCUAUACACCGUGCAUCUACGUUGUGAACAAGAUUGACCAAAUUACACUCGAAGAGCUGGAAAUCCUAGACAAACUUCCCCACUACUGUCCUAUCAGUGCUCACCUGGAAUGGAAUCUUGAUGGCCUUCUUGAAAAGAUCUGGGAGUAUCUUGAUCUGACUCGCGUCUACACAAAGCCAAAGGGAAUGAACCCUGAUUACGAGGACCCUGUGAUCCUGUCAUCCAAGAAGAGGACCGUUGAAGACUUCUGCAACAAAAUCCACAAAGACAUGGUGAAACAAUUCAAAUAUGCAUUGGUUUGGGGUUCAAGCGUGAAGCAUAAGCCCCAGAGAGUUGGAAAGGAACACGAGCUUGAAGAUGAAGAUGUAGUUCAAAUAAUAAAGAAGGUCUAAACAAAGUUAUAAAAAAAAAAAAUAUCACUCGAGAAUAAUAGGUUUAGUGAUUAGCGGUGCAGUGUGGCUUAGUCUAGAUGAGUUCCUGUUGCACAAGUGUUUCACCUGUACUUCACUGUACGUCAAGAUCAAUGGUCUUUGUAAACUGACCUUUUCCUCUUGUGGCUGUACUUUGUAUAAUUACAGAGUUAAUGCUAAAACAACGGAUAGAACGUUGCAUGGCA